AUGAUGAAAGCAGCACGAGAGAGAUUAGGUCUGUCACUGGCUGUGACGACUGGUGGUGACACUGCGCAAAAAGUGCAGCAUAAGCAGAAGAUCCAGGCCACUUCUGAAGCAGAUGUCGCCAGAAGAUACAAGCUUGGUGGCAUGGUAAUGGAGUCCACCAAUCGUGGAAUGGAUGUCUUGUGGGGCACUCGUUUAUCUGAUGGGCAACAAUGUGUGGUGAAAACUCGGCAGAAGGGUGUAUCAUUCAAAAGUCCAGCAGAGGAACGCAACUGGCGGGGCACUACUGAAGUUCAAAUGUCCAUGCCGAAAAUCAACAAACUUUGUGAGAUUUACGAGGUUCUGGAAACGCCGGAAAGAUACCUUAUUGUCAUGGAAAAAGUUGAAGGCAAAGAUCUUUUUGAACAGAUGGAGGAUGGACAGUUAAACCACAUCGAUGCACGCGAAGUGGUGCGACAGACUCUGGACGCUUUGAAAGUGAUGCAUGCAAGCGGCCGCAUCCACAAGGACCUGAAAGCCGAGAACGUCAUGGUGGACCUGCCAGCAGCGGAAUCACCGAAAGGAAGAGCAAACAGAAAGGAACGCUUGAUGGAUGGCGGCGAUGCGCAAAGCCCCGCCAGUGUCAAACUGAUCGACUUUGAUACAGUUGAGGACUGGGAACCAACAAGUCCAAAAGCCAAAGAUGUUCUUGGAACCGAUGGCUACAUUGCUCCGGAAGCUUAUUUGGGAGACUAUUCCCCGGCCUCCGAUAUUUAUUCCAUUGGAGUAGUCAUGUACAAGCUGCUGACUGGUAGAUUUCCCAGUCGGGAAGAUAUCUUUGACGACAAGCCUGGUGAGAACUGGGUUGGCAGUCCAGCAAUGAAGAGGAUCCAUGAGCGCCUCAAGACAGAAAAGAUUAACUUCACAAGGCCGCCCUUGGACAGAUGUCCAGAAGCAGCUGAGCUCUGCGCCAAGAUGUUGGCCUUCGAGCCCGGCGAUCGGCCCUCUGCGGAGGAGGCCCUGAAACACGCAUGGUUUCUGGUGAAAAGCAAUGCCCUCCCGCAAAGGCCGGUGACAUUUGACAUCACAACAUGCAAUUUGGCAAACAGGGGAAAUGAACAGAUGAGAGACAUGAAUAAAAAAUGA